AUGUUCACCAAACUAUCUACCCUCACCGCUCUUUUUGCAGCUGCGCCGGCUGCCCUGGCUCAAACGUACACCGUCACGAAUAAUUGCCCUGGACCGAUUGAACUCAUGCUUCGAAACAACUCGGAGGGCAUCCUGCAACAUGGCGACAGCGUUGUGAAGGAUGGCCUUGGGACCUCGGCUGGGUUCUUCUACACCAGUACCAAUGGGGCGUACAACGAUCAAGGCCACCUGGUUGCUUCACGCGCAGGGUUUUACUUUGAGCCCAACUACUGGUAUUACUAUCUCGUCCGGAGCGAAGGACACUUGAAUACUGGUAUCAGUAUCACACCUGACCAGCCAGAGCACGACGGGUUCUGUGCCGUUGCAAGAUGCGACGACAUUGACUGUCCCACUGCUUUUCCAACCCCUCCUACGUUCGGCAGCCCCGUUCCACCUCCAGCCACGAACCCAGCGCCCAAGCCACCCCUUUACCAAUGCAAAGUUCCCGGCGCUAAUUUCCUUAUCACGUUCUGCCCGUCUGGAGAAUGGCCUGCUUCUUCUUGAUCACGUCUGAAAGUGUCGAACUCCGUGUAAUAUUUACUUAGAACCGACAUGAUACAUGAACACUC